AUGGCCACCUCAGAAGGUUGGGAACUACUCUCCUUGCUAGAGAAGUUUUGCUUUGCAGAAAAAGAUUUGAUUUUAUUUUUUAAAUAUCAAGGUGACCAUGCUGUUCUGUGUGUCAGAAUCAAGAACGUAGCAGGAGCUGUGACAAAAGCAGCUCGACUUCACCUGUUUCAAGCACAGGAAUGGCAGAAGCUGCAGAACAGUGUCCAAGAUCACAGCUGUACAGAGAAGUUCUCUAAAGCUCAACUGACAAUGACUGUGAACCACACAGAGCAAAAUCUGACAGUGUCCCAGAUUCCUUAUCCGGAAACAUGGUAUGUGUUUUAUGUAGACAAGUUUACCUGCGAGGAGAAUUAUUCUGAAUCCGAGGAUAUUCAGUUUGAAAUGGUCUUACUAAACCCAGAUGCAGAAGGGAAUCCAUUAGAUCACUUUAGCGCAGGGGAAUCUGGAUUACAUGAAUUCUUUUUCCUGCUUGUCCUGGCAUAUUUUGUAACUGCUUGCAUAUAUGCACAGUCCCUGUGGCAAACAAUCAGGAAGCGUGGACCUAUGCAUGCUGUAUUAAAGGUGUUGACAACUGCAUUGCUGUUGCAGGCUGGUUCAGCUUUUGCCAACUACCUGCAUUUCUCAAGUUAUUCUAAAGAUGGGAUAGGAGCUCCUUUUAUGGGAAGUCUGGCAGAAUUGUGUGACAUAAUCUCACAGAUACAAGUGCUGUAUUUAUUGCUGAGUCUGUGUAUGGGUUGGACGAUAGGCAGGAUGAAGAAAUCUCAUGGCAGACCUCUUCAGUGGGAUUCCACUCCAGCAUCUACUGGCGUUGCUGUAGUAGUUGUUGUUACACAGAGCUUUUUAUUAAUUUGGGAGCAGUUUGAAGAUACGAAUCACCACAGCUACCAUUCGCACCAUGGCUUAGCAAGUGGACUGCUCAUCGGCCUCAGAGUUUGUCUAGCCUUGUCACUGGCUGCUGGUCUUUACCAGAUUAUCACUGUGGAGAGAAGCACGCUGAAAAGGGAGUUCUAUAUCACCUUUGCCAAAGCCUGCAUUCUCUGGUUUUUGUGCCACCCAUGUCUUGCAACCAUUGCUGUAAUAUUCAGAGAAUAUCAAAGAGAAAAGAUUAUUACCAUAGGUGUUAUUCUCUGUCAGUGCAUCUCCAUGGGUAUGCUCUACAGACUUUUUCUAUCUCACAGUCUAUAUUGGGAAGUAUCUUCACUGUCAUCAGUGACAUUGCCACUAACAGUAUCCUCUGGACAUAAAAGUCGACAUCACUUCUGAGAUGUUUAGGAAGAAUAUAUUAUGUAAUAAAUGUGCAAUAAUAACUUAAAUAUACAGGUAUUUUUGUCACGGGUGUGUGGUAGCUUGGUUUCACUGGA